GCGAGCCUUAGUAGGCGACCGUGGCGGAUCCUGAGCUCGACCGUAGACAUGUCCGAGCGGCGGACACGAUCCGGAGGGGCCCCCCAGCGGUCUGGGCCCAGGACUCCACUUACUAAGCCUUCGAAGUCGUCUAAGCGGAAAUCUGGCUCAGAUCUCCCGAACACGUUCCCUGAUAUCUGGCCGAGAACAACUCCAGCAGCUCCAGUCAGAAAGGCCAUCGUCUUGAAGAAGAUCGUAGUUCAUGCAGUAGAGGUCCCAGAUGUCCACACACUUCGCAGGAGUCCUAGGAUCUCUUUUAUCUUGGAGAAAGAAAACCACCCUCCGCUCAAGGUACCCACUAAAGAGGACCUCUUCAAGACUUGUACUGUCCCUGGUACUCCCUCCAGCACCCCUGUACUGUACACUCAGAAUGCUGAGUCUAACUCUGGAGAGGUGGAGCUGGACACCAGAGACUUGGAAAUGUCUCAGAAAGUCAGGCGGUCAUACAGUCGACUGCAGAGCCUCGGAUGUGCCCCAACCUCCACCCCUGGCCGCCGAUCCUUUUUUGGCUUUGAGGGACCUGAAGACUUGCCUGGAGUUUCACCUGUCGUGUGUUCAAAGUUAAUCGAAACCCCAAAGGUACCUGCGAAGCAGUUGGUUCCAGAUAGAACGCUCCCUGGAAUCUCUCCCCCAGUUGUGAAAGAGAAACGAAAGAAGAAGAUUCCUGAGAUACCGAAAUCAGAGCUGGAUAAGUGGGCUAUGGCCAUGAAUGCUGAAUUUGAAGCUGCUGAGCAGUUUGAUCUUCUGAUUGAAUGAGAUGAGCUGGGAUGCCAGUCACUGAAUGGGAUGGACUGGGUGGGAUGCCAAUCACUGAAUGGGAUGGACUGGGUGGGAUGCCAGUCACUGAAUGGGAUGAGCUGGCUGCUUCUCCCCUCUUCCUGUACAUAUUGCCCUUUGAGUAGAGCAGGAUAUAUAGAAUCCUCUUCACUAGCCUUAUUACCCAGAAAGGUGUUGCUGGCCCCUUGUGUCUAGUUACCCUGGACUUUCUACCUCUGCAGUGUUGGAUGAGAAGCCACUUGUGCUGUGAACCAGAACUUUUAGAAACAGGUUUAGCCAUGGGCUGUCUCUGCUAUUGCGUCCAGACACCAACCUAAAGAGGUUUUGUUUUCUGCUUUGGAGUUUUUAGGGUUGAGAGAACGCAAAGGCCGGGGAGACAGUUGAUGCUUGAGAGAGGAUCUAGACAUUGAGUCUGUGGAGUCUGGGAUGUGAAAGGAGGAGGGAGGCAUAGAUGGUUUUUAACACAGUGACUGUUAUGUGGGAACUAGUCCUUGUCUGUGCCCUGCUGUUGACAUUGGUGAAUGGGGUACUCCGCUUACAGUGGAGUGGAUACACUUGACAGCGUGGGCCUCAGAUGCACCGUUGUAAGGUUUACAGUCUCUGCUUUGACCCCUUUCCUCACCCACACCUGUCUCUUUAAACACAAGCUGCUGCAUGGUCUCAGCUCUGGACAUGUCACAACGUCUCUGACGUGCUAGACUGACGGCAGCUUUGGCUGUGAGCUUAAAACUAUUGAGACUGUUCCCAGGGGCUUGCUGGGAACAAAAAUGGAUGUAUCAUGGUUUCUGAGGUUCCUUCCUGCCUACCACCUCUCAGUUAUGGUAAAAGCUAUGGUUUAAAGGCUAUUGGAAUUCCAACGUUUACAAGUUCAUGGGAAUAAAAUCUGCCACAAAUGAGAACUCAAGUAAGCACCUGUUAUACCAGGAUGGCUUUAGUGGAACACCCCUGCAGGAUUUGUCCUCGCCUAGUCUGUGGACCUCGACUGGAUCAUGCUGAAUUGCUACCAUCACUACAGACCUAUCUGCCAUUGAGGAUCUAAUAUGCAGCCUUAAGGGAAAGGUGACUUAAUUUCAAAUAAACCUUUUUAAAGU